AUGAUGCUCGCCCCACAGCUCUUCCUCGACAUCGUUCGCCCAUGCCCCGGAUGUGACACACGUGAAUCAUUCGGGCGAAUCUGCUUGAUAAGUCUAAAUUUUUCUUAGCCUACGACAUCCGACUCCAUGCACCACACGUUCUUCCUUGCUCACAUACGUUCUGCCUGAUGUGCUUGUCGAAGCACGAGCAACGCAAAAAGCGGAACUGUCUGAUUUGCAGAACCAAGUAUUCGAAAUUCGCACCGAACUUGGCCCUAAUUGGUAAACUUCGCUGCUUUUUUGCUUCGCACAACCGUUAUGGGGUUAUUCACCGAUGGUUUGAAGCUACGCCGAUCCAGAACUGUUCGAAUCAGAUCUCUUGAUACAAAAAGUCAUGUUGUGACGGGUUCUGAUUCGGGACAAUUUUGAUACGGGGCAGUUCUGGCUCGGCGUAGCCUCACGCUGAACAACCCCAUUAGAAAGUUCACGGGUUCAUUUCUAAAUUUCUCCGUGAUAAAAAGUGGCCGGAUAACUGGAGAAAGAAAAAAAAAGACACACACAUGCUCCGUUAAGUAGCCUUUCGUUGAACAAAACUUUUAUAAUUUCUAAAAUGGAAAAAUUUGUAACAUAGAGAUGAACAUGUGAAGUUUCUAACAGCCUUGAGACCUUCGAAAUAGUGGGGACGGACAAGCGGAGAAAGAAAAGUACAAACCCAUGAAUACUUUUAUUAAUAAAAAUGGUUUCCUAAUUUUCAGAAGUUUCGCAACGCAUUGACGAACGCCACUCAUUCUUGGACAAAGAAACUAGACAAUGUGAUGAAUGUGACAAUCGCGUAACGCGCAGUAUGCUCAGGCAAUGCGAAACAUGCGAGAAGCAGUUUGUCACAAGAACGGAAUACAAACUAGUAUUUGAAAAAUAAAUUAAUGCCCUCUAUUGGAAUUUCCAUUUUUGCAGGAGUGCAUUGUAUGUCUCGAAUGCUGUGUCAAUUCGCACAAUGGCCACGAAUUGCAUCGUCUUUCGCCUACAGCUCCAUCAAUAGAAAACUCUCCUAUGAUUCAACAACGAGUACGUCAUCCAUCGACCUCUUCAGCAGUUUCCGUUCACUUCAGAGCGCCAUCGAGUGUCACAGGAAGGCUGUAAUCGAACUUUUGAAAACACAGUUAAAGUCAUUAUGUUCAGUGCAACGAAAGGAAUUAUCAACACAAUCAAGAGCUGGUCGUUUCGUUCGACAAACAAUGAACUUUCAUUCGUCCUAACACCACAAUCAAAACUGGCAUUCAGUGAGGAAGACAUAGUCAUGCAAUGCAAGUCACCAUUCUAUGACAACAAGCCGAUUCCCGUGGAUUCACAGCGGCGGCAUCAGUAUUCGUCAUCGCGAUACAUCUGCUAUGAUACCAAUAACCCGAAUAACACCUCAGCUGACAGCGUGUUCGGUAUUUUUCCAUUGCAGAUCUGCCUGAAAUUUAUUGAUAAACAUAGUUUCAGCUGACACGUCUCAAUCCUACGGCGGUCCGCGGCAGUCCUCUUACAUUCGGAGCACAUACAACGACUCGGGAAUAGCGACACCCGGCUCUUCACGAGGAUUUCUUUCCAAUCGCUUCUCGCAUUCUGCGGCGUCGCUUCGUCUUCCAUCGUCAAAGAUAUCGUCGAAUAUCCAAGCGAUCCAGACUAGCUUCGGGACGACAGUGGCACCGAAAAACUCCCGAGUUCGGAUGGGCCUAUCAGAAAUCUUUAACACGUGAGUACCUUUUCUUUGAAAAUUCUGAGUUGAGUUUUGACAGGCCACGUCUCCCAAUGCCAAGUCCUAUCCACACAUCGACUCCUAACCCGCAGAGGAAAAGCACGCGCUCGGAAACUUCCGUAUUUCCGCCGACGCCAACUAGUAGACAUCACUUGUACAUCUGA